AGGUCCCGCAAUGAGGCGGAUCCGGGCUAAUGCCAUUGCGAUCCUGACCGUAGCCUGGAUCCUAGGCACUUUCUAUUACUUGUGGCAGGACAGCAAGCCUCAUUCGGCCGCGUCCAGCCGGUCUCCCAGCAGCGGCGGCGGCGGCGGCGGCGUUAAGAGUGGGCAGAGAAGCUCCGGCAAAGUCGAGCUCCACAAAGAAGAGAGGACCGUCCCCCUUCUCGUAAGUGCGGUUUUCCCCCCUGGGCUCCCGGAGCCCGGAUUUGAUGAAAAGGCCUACGUAUCCUCAAAGCUGCUGAAGGCGGGAGAAGACCCUUAUCGGCAACAUGCUUUCAAUCAGUUGGAGAGUGACAAACUGAGUAGUGACCGGCCCAUUAGAGACACUAGACAUUACAGAUGUGCAUCUGUUCACUACACCACAGAUCUGCCGGCCACAAGCAUUAUUAUCACUUUUCACAACGAGGCUCGUUCCACAUUGCUCCGUACAGUGAAAAGUGUUCUAAAUCGCACUCCUGCAAACUUGAUUCAGGAAAUAAUUUUAGUGGAUGAUUUCAGCUUGGAUCCUGAAGACUGCCAACUACUUACCAGAAUCCCAAAGGUCAAGUGUCUACGCAAUGGACGUCGAGAAGGUCUAAUCCGCUCCCGAGUACGAGGUGCUGAUACCGCAACAGCUGAUAUUCUCACCUUCCUGGAUAGCCACUGUGAAGUGAACAGUGAAUGGUUGCAGCCAAUGCUUCAGAGAGUAAAAGAGGAUUAUACUCGUGUGGUGAGUCCUAUUAUUGAUGUCAUCAGCUUGGACAAUUUUGCCUAUCUAGCAGCAUCAGCAGAUUUGAGAGGAGGAUUUGACUGGAGUCUUCAUUUUAAAUGGGAACAGAUUCCCAUUGAGCAAAAGUUGUCCAGGACAGACCCUACCCAAUCUAUUAGAACACCUGUCAUAGCAGGAGGAAUCUUUGUGAUCAAUAAGUCUUGGUUUAACCAUCUUGGAAAAUAUGACAUACAGAUGGAUAUCUGGGGAGGAGAGAACUUUGAGCUUUCUUUCCGUGUCUGGAUGUGUGGAGGUAGCUUGGAGAUUGUCCCCUGCAGUCGAGUGGGUCACGUUUUCAGAAAACGCCAUCCAUAUGAUUUCCCCGAGGGCAAUGCAUUAACCUAUAUCAAAAAUACCAAACGUACAGCAGAGGUGUGGAUGGAUGAAUACAAACAGUAUUAUUAUGAAGCCAGACCUUCUGCCAUUGGAAAGUCAUUUGGAAGUAUUGCAGACCGAGUGGAACAACGCAGGAAGCUGAACUGUAAAUCCUUUCAAUGGUAUUUGGAGAAUGUCUAUCCAGAACUCAAAGUCCCAGAAAAGGAGCUGAUCCCAGGGAUCAUCAAGCAAGGAGCAAAUUGUUUGGAAUCUCAGGGCCAGGAUACAGCAGGAAAUUCUCUAGCUGGGAUUGGAAGCUGUAAAGGGUCAGUGAACAAUCCCGUUGCUACUCAGGAGUGGAUUUUCAGUGACCCUUUAAUCAGGCAGCAGGACAAGUGCCUCUCAAUCACCUCCUUUUCCACUGGUUCCCAGGUCACAGUUGAGGCAUGCAACCAGAAAGACGGCAGACAGAAAUGGAAGAUGAAAGGUAGCUUCAUCCAACAUUUUGUCAGUGGCCUAUGCUUAGAAAAUGAGUCCAGCAGAUUAGUGACCAACAUCUGCCAGUCGGAUAUUCUGGGUCAACAGUGGGAGCUGCUCCAAGCCACAUGAUGGUUGCCCAGCAUCUUUUGGUUC